CACCAAUGCAGUUAUAAAGUAAGAUUUCAAAGCAAGGUAUAAGUCGGGGCUUAACAUAGUCAAGGUGAUGGACGCACUAUGGCGACCUGUCCUUCUACUCCAUUUCUGACGCAAAUAUGGAUCGUUACUAUGAUACAAAUUUUCGUGCUGUGACCCAAAAUUCAACAACAUCAUGUCAUGCUUGGAGAUGGCCACCACCGCAGAAGGUCAACUGACCAUGCCGCUCAGCUACCGUGCUCGAUAUGCAAGCCGGUAUCCGCGAUGUCGACCCAGAGUUGAUCGUUGAGCAACUGUGGAACUGUCCCCAACUCGUCCGCUUCGCCAACCCCAAAGCCCAGUCUGACUAGGAUCCUUACUUCGGCCUCUACCGUACACAUACUAAGGCCGGAUUGCUUUGCAAGCAUGUCCCCGUCUAGCUGUUCUUAUUGCUGGUUUUUGAGUCGAGCUGACGACCAACUCGGCCCAUCAACUUUCCUUAGCCAUCAAUCCGGGCUAUGUGUAAAAAACUUCCCAUCCAAGCACUUGCUGGAACACCAUCGUAUGCUGCUGACAGUCCGUGGUCUAGAAACCCAAACUUCCACUGGACUUCGUCUCGAGACUCUCGGCACGCUUGCGCUGGUCUUCCCCGAAAAUGACGCGGCUUCGCGAAAGUGGUAUCGUAAACAAGGGGAGCGCGGCGAGAACGAUAUGAUGAUACUCAAAUGCGGAUUAGGACAUCGGAAGACUCGGCUCGAGGAGUACCACUACUGGCACGAUCGAUGGUUGGUUCUCAAAGAGGAAUUCGACGUGUAUCAGGGGAUGAAGGCGUCGGGCGGAAGAAGUUCGGUGUUGGGUUGAAGUUGAACUUGAUGGAAAAAUUGGA